CCGUCGGCUCACAUCAUCGUCUUUCUCUGCAAAGUUCUCACCCCGCCACAAAUCAUCACCGUUCCUCCACUCAGCGCUUUUCCCCGGAAAAUGCCAGGAUGAUUCUGCCCGGAAGUAGUCGCCGAAGCGAUCCUGCGAACCUUGGCUUUGAAUCGAGCAAUUCGACCGCCAGCAUAUUUCUUGGGGCCGUGCGACGAUCUUGGAUGGAUGCAGCGACCACCGCGCCUCCCCUCUCCUCCUCUGUCACCUCGGCCUCUCCCCCGCGUUCUACCACCACCCGUUCGGCUGGUGCUGCUGGUGCUGCUGGUACUACGGCUACAACGGUAAGCUCUAGGGGCCCGUCAGGGAGUCCACAGCGGACGCGUGUGCGGGAAAGUCCUCCUCGUGGGCCGCCCGUCAACCUCACCACUUCCUCGUCCUCCGACACCACCACCACGUCGCCGUCUGCCGCUCCUCCGCCUCCUCCGCCUCCUCCUCCUCCUCCUCCUCCUCCUCCUCUUCCUCCCUCCGGUCCGAUGGCCCAAUCCGACCCCCUGCCGCUCGCCUCGACAACAGAUGGGAGGAAUGAGAAGGAGUCCUACCUCAGUCGCAAUCUUUCGACCCUGCCGCGGACCAAUUCUACCACCACCGCGACCGCUGUCCGAUCGGUGACGUGCCAAACCACCGCGCUCCCGUCGCCCGAUCCGAGCAUCCCAUGCUCGCAAGCCAGCCCAAUCAGUGCGAUUGAUCGGAAUGGUGCUCCGGUCGGACCCAGUCCUUUGUUGUCGACUUUGCCCUCCCCUCCGACCGGAGGCACCCCGCCCGUGUCGACCACUCGGCCAAAUGCACCCCAGACCGGCGGGCUACCGACGCCUACGUCGCUGACCAAUGCCACCACAACUCCAGGGGGAGGUCAGGUAAUCUCCGCCAUGCUAAGGGAUUCAGAACCACAUUCCUAUUCACAUCCGCCUCCACAACCGCAACUGCAACCGCAACUGCAACUGCAACCGCAACCGCAAGUACAACCAGAGCCACAACCACAGACGCAACCGUUGGUAUCUCGCGAUCCUCGCGCAGGCCCUCAGGCGUCUUCCUGGAUGAGCGCGUCAACAUCCCCGGUGGUCCAAGGACACCAGCAAUCGGCGGUGAUGCGGCCCGUGCCAAUGCUACCCAUAGACCAUUCCAUGUUCAAACAAUGGCUGGAGAAACUGGAAGCCUUUGCGGCGGAAGCGACUCAUAACAGGACCAUCUCCGAGGUCGUCGAAUCGCCGCGGGUUCGUCUUUUGCAGAGCGCUCUGUUGGACAAUGACCCCGUUUACCUGGCUCUCCAUCAGAUGUAUUGCCUGUCAUCCUACGCGCCGUCGGAGCUUUGCAAAUUGCCUGGGUUUGGCCCAGAACAGGAGAAGGGUCUGGCCGUAGUCAAGCAGCUCCUCGUUGAUAAUAGUCGACUCUCCGGGGAUUUUCUCUACUGGUGUGUGAAUUUUCCGGAGCCAAUGCAAAAACUGCUCGCCUGGCCGUGGUGGCGGGAUGCUCUGGAACAAAUCAUGAAUUCCUUGGUCCACCUCUCACGGAGAUGGGAUACCUUUGAGCAAGUGACGCGUGAGCGCGGGCUGCCUCCCUUGAUUGAGGAGAUCAUCAUGACGUUCUCCAUUAGAUCACAUGUGAUGCAGUACAACAUCUUCCUGGCCCUGUAUCGACGGCUUCCCGGACAUCGGGGAGAGCACAACUUGUUUGAGAUCUUCAACCGAGACGCCAAAUACACGGACGAGCGUCUGGACUCGCCCAAACCCGUAUCGGUGGCACGUGCCAAAAGGGAGAGGGGUGUGAUCCUCUCCAUGUAUCAAAAGGCCCUCACGCCGACCACUGCCCAGGCAGCCACUGCUCCUGCCCAGCCUCACAUUCACUCCCAGCCGGUCGAGUCCCCAUUGGCGGCAACCUCUAUCCUUCCUCCGCAGCCGACACCACAUCAAGCCAUCACAAUGCCAUCAGCCUCGGCGGUUCUGGGGUAUGAACCGAGAAGGGACUCUCACUCGUCCUUGCCGGGAAAUGGCCCUCAUCCGACAGUUCCCUCCUCCACGGCCGGGCCCAAUCCAACCAUAUCGCCGGUGUCCGCCCCGUACCUCUCACAACCCCUGGCUUUUCCCUCCCAGAUCGCCAGUACACAUUCACCGCGCGUGGCCCCAGUGCAUCAACUGCAGCCAUCGCCUCGUCAACCUCAGGUGGCUUACCCGUCACGGGUGGUGCUCUCCCAGCCCGAAAACAGUCACCAAGCCCCAGUAGCGAUUCAUCUGCCAGGCGCAACAGCCGGGCUUCCUCCUUCGGUUCUUCCCUCACAAAUAGCCCCGUCGCACCCGGCCAGUGCCCCCGUAUCGACCGCCAUCUCCGCACCAGUAUCCAACCCUAAUCAGCCCCCCACCCCUGUUGCCACUUCCGCUCCCUGCCCGGCGCCGGCUGCUGUGCCACGACGACGCGGCCGACCCCCACGGAACCCCCAGCCCAACGUCCCGCCCCUGCCGCGAUACACAGCGAUGCAGCAGCAGGCAAAUAAUCCCCCGCUCCCCCCGCCUUCAGCCUUCAUUCCGUUCUUCCCUCCGCCGGGCCCACUUCCGCCUCCCAAUCCGCGACCUCAUCCACUGCGGGACGGGCUGCAUCAGGCUCAUCUGCGUGGUCCUGUCAAUCGGUUUGUCAUGCCCGGGCCGGCCGCCGAGCCAGUGACGCAGCUCUAUCAGUACCUUCAUGCCUUCGCCGCACAGCCUACCCCACUAGGUCAGUGGGAUUGUCGCUUUGACUGGACAUUCAAUCUGCCUAAGCCUGCCUUUGAGCGGCUUGCAAGGGUAAAUCAACAUGGAGACAAGCUGCGUCCGGCACGUGUCAUCACAAAUGGCCAGCAGAUCUUCCGCCUGCGGUGCAUCCAAGUAGAUGUGUCCACACAGACCGUCCCCGAACACACCUGGUGCACCACGGAGACAUGUUGGCCCAGCGUGAUGUACAUCUUCGUCAAUGAUGUGGAGCUUUUUGCCCGGCGUCGUCAACAAAACGGCAAAGACCUGCCCCUCGAAAUCACCGAGCAACUCCGGGAGGGGCCGAACACUGUGACCAUGCACCUCCUCCGCACCCCUGCCGAAGUGAAAGACCAAGUUUACGCGGCGGCCAUUGAGAUUCUCAACCUUUCCGAUCUCGCGUCCGUCGUAGCUGCGGCGCAGACCUUGCCUGCCUCUGCAUCUCAGCAGCAAAUCCAUAAGCGGCUCACUCCGGACGCGGACGACGAGGUCAGUAUUGUGAGUGAGGAUUUGGUUAUCAACCUCGUCGACCCUUUCACUGCUCGCAUCUUCAAUCGCCCUGUUCGUGGUCGCUUGUGCACCCACCAGGAGUGCUUCGACCAUGAGACAUACAUCGCCACUCGUGCCUCCAAGUCAGGACGACGUAGCCUCCGAGAAGACUGGCGAUGCCCCAUCUGCAAACAAGACGCCCGUCCUCAGACGCUCCUUAUUGAUGGGUUCCUCUCCGGUGUCCAUGACUAUCUAUCGCGGACGAACCAGCUGGACGAUGCGCGCGCCAUCCGCGUUAAACGAGACGGUUCUUGGACACUGAAGGUAGACGCCGAUACAUCUGCGGAACAGGCAUCCGACCGCCCCUCUACCACUGCGUCUGGGCCGUUGAAACGCAAGACCAGUGAUUCUGCCACUCCUGCCUCGCAGAAACCUAAGCUUGAGCGCAGCGCCUCAGGCAACCGCGUCGGGUAUCCCGAACAGGUGAUUCUGUUGGACUAGAGCAUACAUGCACAUCCAUUCGCAUCCUCGGGCGCCAUUGUGUGAAACGGGGUCAGCCUCGUUUCAUUUCUCAAGACGCUUUGUUAAUCUUCAUUUCUGCUAUAUUGCUUAUCUGGCGUUCACUGUUGUACACGAUACCCGAAACCUGCAUGUUUGAGUUAAUGGCUACGGCCUUGUUUCUUUUCUCCUGUGACGACUUUUAGCAUUUGUCAUGGUGUUUGUACAUAAAGGAG